ACGCGAUCAGCCUCUUGAGAUAAGAGUCGGUUUAUAUGGAGGUAGGAAACAGAAUUCUGAAAAUCCAUGGCGGGAACUGAACCACAGAAGCAACUGCUAACUCUAAUUCGCGACUUCGCCUCCGAGAAAUCUCAAGGAGAGCGCAGAAUUGUUGGUCUGAAAAACCGAACUCAACAGCUUCGAUCUGAGUUAGAUUUGGCAAAUUCUGAACUAGAAGAUGCCAAGCGUCUGAAAGAAACUACUGAGCAAGAGCUCAAAGGAUACGAAGUUGAAUUGGCUAUGAAUGAAGCUUUCAUUCAAACUCUAGAGACUAGGAUUUCUCUGAUUCAAGACGAGAUAUCGAUUGCUGGAUCUGAUUUGGAGUCUAUUAAGAAUGAAGAAGAGGCUUUGCGAGAUGACUUCAUUAGCAAAAUGUUUGAGCUCAACACUAAUAUAAGGAAAUUCCAAGAGCGAAUAGCUUGUGCUUUUUGUGAAGACAAUUCAAUCCAAACUUCAAUGAACGAUGCAGGCCAAAAACUCAGUGAUGCAGAAGAUCCUGAAGUUAGCAGAAGAGACCUUGACAAUAAGAUUGCUGAAAUAAUUUCUCAAACCACUGUAGAGGAACAAGAGUGUCAAGCAGAGCAAACUAUUCAUAAGCAGGUGGUCCAGGAGGAGCUAAUUGAUUUGGAAAGGAAGGUCUUCCUGAUGGAGUCAAUUAUGAAAGAAAGCAUCGAGUUGCAGGACUUGACUAGGCAGACUUCCGAGUUUGAAGAGAGAUGUGCCUCUCUCGGUGAGGAGCUGCAGAGGAGGUGCAUAUGUCCAAGUUGUCAUCUAGACAACGUGGAGGCAUUGGAUGGGAUUCUUCAGGCCAGUGAUGGGAAUUAAACUGUAAGUAAUCUCUUUGGGGAUCACUCCAUCUAAACUGUUCACCUUACAGUUCCAGUGUAAGUGAGAAUUUGAGAUUCUACAGAUGUGUUUUACAUCUGUUCUCUAUUACAUCUGCAAUUGACUCUACGAAGUGAAACCAAAAGCUUUGUGUUUUGGCAGAGCAGUACAAUGGCCAUUUGGUGCAAAAGGUGAGAGGGAGUACUCCUAAUUGCCUCAGACUUCAUUAAAAUGCUUUGUGUGUGUGUUGUUUUUUU